GCCGGGGGCGGGGCCGCGGCCUCCUGGCGGAGCGGCUGCCGCGCGGGGCGGCGGUGGCGGCGGAGCGAUGGCGUGCGGGGGCUUCGCCUGCUCCAAGAACUGCCUGUGCGCCCUCAACCUGCUCUACACGCUGGUGAGCCUGCUGCUGAUUGGAAUUGCAGCAUGGGGAAUUGGCUUCGGCCUCAUCUCUAGUUUCCGAGUUGUUGGAGUGGUGAUUGCAGUAGGAGUCUUCCUCUUCUUUAUUGCCUUAGUUGGAUUGAUUGGUGCAGUGAAACAUCAUCAAGUAUUGCUAUUCUUUUACAUGAUUAUUCUUCUGCUAGUCUUUAUUGUCCAGUUUUCUGUCUCCUGUGCCUGUUUGGCACUAAAUGAGGAACAGCAGAGUGAACUUCUAGAGGUGGGAUGGAGUAACACCAACAGCGCAAGAACAGAUAUUGAGAGAAAUCUGAAUUGUUGUGGAUUCAGAGUUUUUUAUCCGAAUGAAACCUGCGCCGCUGAUUGUCUUAGAACUCUCCACUGUAGACCAUGUGCACCGAUAAUGGAAGAAUAUUCUGGAAUGGUGCUGAGAUUUGUUGGCGGGAUAGGACUCUUCUUCAGUUUCACAGAGAUUCUGGGAGUCUGGCUGACUUACAGAUACAGGAACCAAAAGGAUCCCCGUGCAAACCCUAGUGCAUUUAUUUGAUAAGUUUAUAAAGGAUUAAAUCUUCUCUCUGCACCCUCUACUUAAAAAUACUGAUUCUAUAUAGUUUGGUAUUUCUCCAUAAUAGGUAUUCUACAUGUACUCAAAAUAAAACACAAGUCCUGUAAGAAAUGUGUAGUUUUCAUAUUUAAUUUCUACUAUUUUUCUUCUAAGAAUCUCUAUCUUAAAGUAGAUGGGUGCAUUCAGUAGCUGGGCAGAGUUGAACUGCUGUUUAAGACCUUGUUAAUUGUUAUGGCAAACUCUAUACAAUGAGUUUUAUAGCACUACUGGGUUAUCUGCUGUAAAAAAAAAAUACCCUAGAGGUAUUUUCUGCUGUAUUCAUUGAUUACAAAAAUUCACAUGAAUUCUCAUUAAAAUUAUAAAACUUUAUGGUGGAUGGUUGGAUAUGAUUUACUUGGGUUUUAAGAGGUAUUCUAGUAAACUUUUUUGUCUCCCACUUUCCUGUUAAGGUAAAAAUAGAAGCUAGAGAUGUUAUUUUCUAUAGUGCACAUAAGUGUAUGUUAAUGACUACUGUAGUCUUCACCCCUCCCCUUUCCUGUUUGUUUUGGUUUUCUGGUAGCUUUAGAAUUUUAUUGAGAAUAAAAACAAUGUUAAUGAAUAUUGUCAUUAUGAGAACAAUGAAUGAAGAAAACCAGGAGAAUGUAAUCUGUAGCUGAUAAACUUGAAACUUUUUUCCCUUGACAAGUGAAUGAGGUUUGGUAUUUGCACAAUCAAUAUCUGUCAUCUCUGAUACAAGAAACUUGAUGGAAAGUUGUUGUACAGCUAUUUUUUUUAGAUGGUGUAAAGUCAUUGUUGUAAUAACUCAGCAGUGUAUAUUUCUGUGUCAUCCAGAUAACAGUCUUGAUUUCAUGAGAGAUUGAAUGACAUGUAAAAAAAAAAAAGAAAAA